AUGGCUGAUCACACCGACACCUUUUUAAACAUUACUCAAUUCCAAUGGCUGAUUGGUGUACCAUUAGUGUUGGGUAUAGCAGUAGGCAAUACUAUGAUUAUAAUUGUUCAAUGUCUAAGCAAUCGACGAUUUGGCGGAAUUCCCAAUCCAUUUAUUUUCAAUCUUGCAAUUGCGGAUCUCUUCAAUGGUUUGGCAAUACUCUGUUGGCUGAUCCGACCUCGAGACCUUAGUGACUCUUCAAGUGCUGCUGGUAAAAUUUGGUGCAUAGCUCCCGAAAUUCUCGUGGACGUUGGCUGCACUGCGAGUUUCUACAUCAUCGGGGCAAUUGCUGUUGACCGUUACUUUUUAAUUAUUCAUCCAAUCAAGCACCGAAAAUACGUGACGAAGCGCUUAGUCUCAACUACAAUUGGUGUUAUUUGGUGCGUAACUGCUCUUAUAUCAGCAGGACCUAUUUACUGGAUCAACACUGACAUGCAAAGUAAUUGCAGUAACUAUAAAGUUGAAGUGAGGUAUUACGACAAGUACGUUUUACUACCAAAUUCAUUAAUAAUAUGGCUGAUCCUCUUGAUAGCUUACUGGCGAAUUUGGAGAGCAGCAAAAACAUACACGAUGGAAUUGAGAACGAGAUCCGUAAAAGCUGGCUAUAAGAGUAAUAUCAGCAAUAGAAAGAGCGAUUUGGCGGUAAUCACUAUUCUAGGAUGCCUCACUGUUUGCUGGCUGCCCUAUAUAGUACUGGAAUUAUUAGCAGCAUUUAGUUUAUACAACAACGACAAUGCACUAUAUUUCGUGACUUUAAUAGGACUUUGCAACAGCGGUAUAAACCCAGUUAUUUACGCUUGGAGGAACCCAGCCUUUCGGGAAGCUUAUCGCCGCCUUUUUAGGCGUAAAGCACCAAAUAAUAAUUGCAAUGUUUCAUCUGAAAAUAAUGUGAACAAAAAUAGCGAGUCGAAGCAAGAUGAUAGUCACUAUAUCGAUGCUAUUACCUUAGGGACAAUCUCAGCUGAAGUUGAUUCAAUGGUACCAAUAAAUAGAUCGUAG